UCUUAUUAAUUGCAUGGCUACAAGGGGCCAUGUUACUCCUAUUUGACUUUUUAUCCUCAUCCCACAUUGAUUGACGUGUUAUUAGCCUCGGAUCUCGGAGGCCCCACAUGAUCCAAUUUUGUUCUAAUCUCUCCCCCUAUAUAAACCCCACGACAAACACACAAAUUCCUCACCAAUUCCAAGAUCCAACAAGAACAUCUUACUAUUCACUACUAGUUCUCAUUCUAUGGCUAUCGCCAAUUCUCUCUUCGCUCUCUGCCUCCUCGUCUCGCUGCAGCUAACAUAUGUUGACGCACGCAAACUCGGUGCGGUGAGUACGAUAACGCAGUUUCUGGCGCCGCACAACGCGCUGCGCGGUAGCAUGGGCCUGCCGCCGCUGCAGUGGAGCGCGCAGCUGGCGGCGUACGCAAACUGGUACGGGAACCAGCGGCGGGGGGACUGCGAGCUCGUGCACUCCACGUCGAACUACGGUGAGAACAUCUUCUGGGGGCAGGGCAACCAGUGGCGGAUAGCGGACGCCGUAGCGGCCUGGGCAGCCGAGCAGGCCUACUACAACUAUAACUCCAACUCUUGCGAUCCGAACGCCGACUGCUCGCACUACACCCAGAUGGUGUGGCGGUCGACGAAGUUCGUCGGAUGCGCGAGAAUUACAUGCAAUAGUGGGGAUACAUUUAUAGUUUGUGAGUAUGAUCCCCAUGGCAAUGUCAUAGGUAAGAAGCCAUACUGAGGAUCAUCACGAAUUGGGCCGUAGGCCGAGGAUUCUGAAGAAGUUUCUUGAAGGCCUUGAAUUUUAAUGGGCUGAGAAUCUCUUUCUGCAUGAAUAUUGUGGUUGAAGUUGAAUAAGUUUUGUUUGUUUUAGAGUGUUCCAGUGGCAGUAAUUAGAGUUUGCUUCAAUUUUCUUCCAAUAAUAUUUAUUAUUAUUUUCUUUUA